ACUGAAAAGCCCAGAAUGUCCUCUCAAAGGGACAACAGGACUUAAUACAGUAACUUGUGUGGCCUGUGAGAUGCGGACCAAGAACGGAUGACCACUGGAGAGGACAGAAAUGAAGGAGGAUAUUAAACAAAACAAUAGGAGCACAUAUUAUAUGAACACAGUGGACCUUUCAACUUUGCCUUUUUGACAGUCUAUCGUUUGAACUCAUGAGAUGUUUUGAUUUAAUUAUGGCGCAUCCCUUCUAAAUGGCAUGAUGGCGGCGGACUUUGUUAUCUCUACAUCGCCUCUCGUUCUGACUCCCAGAGAGGGCUGAAAACAGUGUCUAUUGUCCUCCCCUAUCAACCCGGGCGGUUUCGAUCAACGGAGAGGAAAGAUAACAACCAUGAACUGUGUGUCGAUCGUCGCCUUACUGUCUCCUCUCUCUGCGGGCUGAGCAUAGAUCACUCCGGUGGAUUAACCCCAACCCUCGCAUCGAAGGGUCAUCACGAGCAUUACAUCACCGAUUCCCACACCCCGAAGAGUAAAAUGAUACCCAUUUCAUAUUUAACGAGCGAAUCUGAACACUGGUGAUGACGGGUGACGCCUGGAUUUAAUUUUUUGACGUCGUGGGGAUUAUCCAAAUAUAUCAACAAUAUCAAUGUAGGCUAUACAAUUCAUCAGUGAGAUGAUGGCGCUUUUAUGAACGGGAGAUAGACGAACACUGUUAUCUACAUCUCUGCCUGUAGGCUCCUUUGUCUUCGUAGAGAAUGUGAAUGGCGAAAGAUGACAUGGCAGAGGUAGAUUCAGCAUCCAGUGGAGCGGAACCCACGCGCGGGCUGGAGAUAGCGUUCCCAUACGAGGAGUAUGAAUGCAAAAUAUGUUACAAUUAUUUCGACCUUGACCGUCGCGCACCCAAGAUUUUAGAAUGCUUGCAUACAUUUUGCGAGGAGUGCCUGAACACUCUCCAUCUCCGCGAGGAGCGUCCAUGGCGCAUCAGCUGCCCUAUAUGUCGCCACAGGACGCCCGUGCCGGACUAUCGGAUACAAAACCUGCCCAAUAAUACCAAGGUAACGGAGGAUUUCCCAUUGUACAUUGACUCUGACCCUCUGCCUCAGGAUGCCUUGCCCCUCUACCCUCCUCCGUUGCACCCCGCACUCGUCGCCCUCAGGCGCGAGGAGGCAUCGGGGGCGUCCACGAGCCAAGCUACCCCCUCCACUACCUUGUCCACCGCCACUACCCUCUCCCAGGACUCCGUGCGCUAUGACAGCUGUCAGAGCUGCAAGCGGGUUGCCCUGACUACGGGCUGUGUGUGUGUGAUAUUCUCCUUUCUGUCCAUGCUGGUUCUGCUCUUCAUGGGCCUGAUCUUCGUGCACAGUCACAGCAACCCGCCCUCGCCCGCGGGCCCCAUUUGCCUGUCGGUGGCCAGCAUCCUAGCCAUGUUCUCGGUGGUCGUCACGUGGCUGAUCUGCUGGUUAAAAUAUAGACCAGAUCACGAGUCAGGCCGCUCGUCUGGAACUAAUAGGAGGAACGCCUGAUGAUGAAGAUGCUAAUCAUGAUGAUAAUGUGAUGUGUGUGUGAUUACGUAAAUACUGCUGUAUACUAGCAUAAUGUCCCUCCCUCCCUUCACUUGUUGUUGUUGUUGAAAUAAACAUUGUCCAGAAUGGCCUUUUAACAGUAGGAUAUAGCAAGCACCAUGUAAACUCCUUCAUCUGCUUAUUGAGUACUAAGCCUACAGUAGCCUACCAUUGAUACAUUCAUACAGGCACUUGUAUGUCUACCUAUGGCAGGUUUCUAUGAUGAUGGGUAACCUUGCCUGAGACCUAAAUGAACUGCCUGUCGCUCCCAGAACGGACUGGUUGAUUGCUGGUUGAUUGAGUUGAGGACUGUGGUUUGAUAACAGUUGACCUGAAAAGUAUACAUCACUAUGCCUCUCACUGCAUGCAUCUCAAAGACGCACCUGCCCAUGUUAUUGUAGUGUGGGCUACACAAUUCCACAUGAAUAGUUUGAGAUUUUGUAUCAUGCCUAUAUCAGGCCCACUCAUUUGAGAAGUCACUAAUAUAUGUAAUUGACAAGUCACUCAUGUAAGAUGUGUAAAUAGUACAGUAUCUGUGAAGAUAGGAGAGGUGUCCUUACCGCUAUUUAAAUUGACAUGGUGUUUAGGUUACCAAGAAUAGUUCUAGAGAACAGGUGCUUGCUACAUUCCUAUUUUAAAAGGUCUCCGGUUGUAGGCCUACUGUACACAUGUGUACAUCUCCCUGGCCUUUCUGUGCCUGUGUAGUCAGAUCACGAUCAUCUUCCAGGCCUCUGAAAGUAUCUCUUCCCUCCUGCCACCGGUCUGACAGACAGUGAAGGUGAAAGCAAGGUUCCUUCCCACCAUAUUGCUUUGAGUCUUGUUGUCAUUCACUUCAGAUCAUUGAUGAGAACCUUGAAGAAGGGAGGAGGCAUUUCCUCCAUUUUCGAUUGAGGCGCUAAUUUACCCCUCUCUUUAGGUGGUUGAAGAUGCACUCCAGGAUCUAAAGCACAGCAAAUUCCUAACAUAGGGCACAAAUGUUAUUUGUAACAGUCACAGGAAAUAGAUGACGUUCUGCACAAUUGGAUGACGUAGUAGGCUACACAAAAACAGAUCCGUUUCGGCUGGUGAGCACCACUUUCAAAACUCCUGGCUGAAAUGAUAGAAAAACUCUGGAGUGCAUCUUUAAUUGCCAUGUGCUUGACAGGUUUCCAAAGCAAACAGAUUCCUCUGGCCUGUUGCAUGUGUAACCGAUGUGAAAUGGCUAGCUAGUUAGCGGGGUGCGAGCUAAUAGCAAAUCGGUGACGUCACUCGCUCUGAGACCUUGAAGUAGUUGUUCCCCUUGCUCUGCAAGGGCCGCGGCUUUUGUGGAGCGAUGGGUAACGAUGGGAGGCAGUUGUUGAUGUGUGCAGAGGGUCCCUGUUUCGAGCCCAGGUAGGGGCAAGGAGAGGGACGGAAGCUAAACUGUUACACCUGUAUGGUCGGGGAUCAUCAGGGACAUAUUGAGAGAGUUGCCAUGAGGAUGGAGUAGGGUCCUCAAAAUCUGAGGCACAGUUUUUGCAAUGCCUAUGGAACUGAGAGACUAAAAUGAGAGGGAUUGGAUUUGUCAAUAUUAGUCAAUAGGCCAGGGGCAUUGAAAUCAGGGCCUGCUGUGCUGCACUGGUUUCCCUAUAAUCAGAAACUGAUGGUUGGACUCUCAGUACAAUCAAUGAUAUUAAUCAAACACUUAACUACUAUAGAAGGAUAAAUAAUCCCAACAGUACUACUGUAGACCACAAGGCUUAUAUUUACACAGCCCUGAAGCAAUUUAGUUUUGUAUUUACUUUCUACUGUACGUGCUCUGUGUAGAACAGACACUGUUGGGCCCUCUUCCUAAAGACGUGUCUUUUAGGAUUCACAUAAAUAAUAUGCACAUAGGAGAUGGCUGGGAUAUACGCAAGUUAUGUUUAAGUACUUACUGCCCUAACAAAUUCACUUUAACAUUGCCUCACAACCAAACAUGAUUAUGGGCCUGAGCUCACACAUGCUUCAAUCAACCUGUUAGACUGUCAGUAUAACCUUUAGAAGAUGCACUUUCACCCUCUUAUUUGACACAAGUAAAGGGUUUAUAUACUGUAUAUGGUCUAUUAUUGUAUUCAUUAAUUAUGAAUUUUAAAAA